AUGGAGCCGGCGACCCCUCCGGCACCCGCCGCCGGCGUCACGGCCACCGUCGACCUCUCCCCAGUGGCUGCGAGCCUCGGCGGGGCGCACCUCCUGCCCUGUGGCAUCAGGCAGAACGGCGGCGCCCCCGUAUCCGACUACUUCAAGCCUAGGGCCACAGGUGUGGAGGUGGAGGGGGUGAAGGUGGAAGAGGCCUUCUUCCGCGGAAGGAAGCUGCAGGGGGCUACCCUAACUCUCCCGGAUGGCUACCGAGGUUAUGUAUUGGAGAAGAGGCCUGGACAGAAUUCAGAUGUUGAAGUUAGCAAUUUUGUAUCCCGAGCUGAGUUCCAGAACAUAACCUACUGGAAUCAUGAUACCACGCCAUCAGCAGAGGAUUCCCUCCCAAGGUGCUUUCAUUGGCUAACUGUUGCUAAUGCGAUGCACAAACCAGUGACUGCUGAAGACCUGACUAACAUGUCAGCAAUGCAGAAUCAGGACAACUAG